AUGUCUGCUGUUCAAACUAUCCACGCUCCUGCCUUUACUGAAUUGGCGCAGGAACUACUCAGCCCACAGCUCUGCCCACCAAAGACUUUUGGUGAUCUAGUGCUGGACCUGAAAGACGGUCUUGGUCCUUCCUCAGGCUUAACUUCAGAUGAUGUCGAUGUCGACUACCUCAAGUGGCUGAUGGAAGAAUACAAGGCCGAUGAGUUCGGCUGGCAAAAAUAUGCGAUGGGGGACAAGUCUAGAGGCUACACUCGUAACCUCGUCGAUGAAGGUAAUGGGAAGAGCAACUUGCUCGUUCUUGUCUGGAGUCCUGGCAAAGGAAGCCCAAUCCACGACCACGGCAAUGCUCAUUGCCUAAUGAAGAUCCUCAAGGGCGAAUUAACCGAGACCCGAUAUGCCUUCCCGGAGCCGAAUGUCGAGCAGCCGAUGAAGGUCAUAUCUGAAAAGACAUAUAAGGAGAACAAGGUGGCGUACAUGGCAGACGAGCUGGGUGUCCACCGUGUCUGGAACAAGGGCAGCGACUUCGCUGUAUCCUUGCACCUGUACACACCACCCAACGUUGCCAAGGGUGGUUGCAACAUCUUCAACGAGUCGACGGGCAAGAGCAGCCAUAUCAAGAAAUGCCCAAACUUUUCCGAGUAUGGUAAACGCCUCGAAUAG